AUGAAGAGACUACGGCCGGAGAGGUGGGGCGGGCAAUUGCUCACAGCACCCCGCAGGACGACAAGCAGAGGAGCUUCUCGCUGUUUACGGCAGCAACAGUGCCUAGCUAGGAGUUUGCCACGGGCUUUUUCAUCGUCGGCGACGCACUUUACUGCAGCAAGCAAGCACGAAGAAAUUGAAUACGAGGAUGGAGAGAUAGAGACAAUCGAGGAGGACGUGAAAUCACCAUCAAAAUCGCCGACACCCGCCUUCAUACCCCCACACCCUAACAAAACCUCCUCAAAACUUGGAGCUCUUCAUGCACGUCUUAGACUUCCUCCACUACUCCCUCAAGAAACCCUCGCGCGAACAUUAAUCGACCCUUCCGCAAAUUCCAAAUCAGAUUGCAACAAUGCUACGCUCGCCCAACUCGGUGGCUCUAUAAUUGCCUUUCAUGUCUCAGAAUGGCUUUUAGUCACAUAUCCACGGUUACCAAUGACUGUUUUGUUUGCAGCAUCUUAUGCAUACAGCGGGCCCAAAACUCUUCAGUUGAUUGGGAAAGAAUGGGGCGUGGAAACAGCAGCAGCCCCGGGGAACGAAGUCGAUCCAGGAUUUCUACAAUUCAAAAAACUUGCACCUGGCACGGAACUGGCAGGAGGAGGACCAACAGACCGACAUGCAGCCACACGACGUGAUAAAGCCUAUUUCAGAAGGGGGGUGAGUAGUCGAGUGGUGUACGAUGACGAGUUUGGGGACAUCAUUCCCAAAAAAGAUAACCGAAACGCAUCUGUGCCUACCGAAGAAGCAUAUGCCAGUUUUGUCAAAGCCGUUGUAGGAGCGAUCCAACUGCACGCUGGUCGAGAAGAAGCCAAAGCAUUUGUCAAAGAUCAUAUACUCUCUCGUCACCUUGCCAUCAACAGUCUUUUUCAAUUCCAAGAACCCGUCAGGGAGUUAUCUCGUCUAUGUGCUCGAGAGGGGUUCGAACAUCCCAUUGCACGAAUACUGAGCGAGACGGGUAGAUUGAGUAGACAUCCUGUCUUUGUGGUUGGUAUUUUCAGUGGGAAGGAUAAAUUAGGAGAAGGGUCAGGCGCAAGUCUUCUGGAGGCACGAACGAGAGCUGCUGUUGCAACUCUAAAGUCCUGGUAUCUUUACAGUCCUGGGCAGGAUGCGAGAGUACCAAGUGACAUGGAGGAUGAGACAAAGAAGCAUGAGAAGUGGGAGCCGGUGCAUAUUGACAUGGGCGAGGUUAUACACUAA